AUGGCCAAAAAGCAUCAGAGACAAGUUCCAGGAGGACAGCAAGGCUUUGUAGUGACAUUGGAACCACGGUGCUCUGGCAGUCAGUGCUAUUUUAUCAUUCUGAUUGCAUUUACUACUUGUGCUUCUGUAAAAAAUCAAAUAGCAGUCUGGUGGUUUGAACGAGAAGAAGACGGAACCAGAGCCGGGUGCGGGCAGUGGACACAGUUCCACCGACAGCAGAAGGUGACAGUGAAUGUAUACUCAACGUCAGUGACCAGUGAUAAUCUAGGUCGACAUGACAUGCUGGCCUGGAUCAAUGAGUCUCUGCAGUUGAAUCUGACAAAGAUUGAACAGUUGUGCUCAGGGGCUGCCUAUUGUCAGUUUAUGGAUAUGCUGUUUCCUGGCUCCAUUGCCUUGAAGAAAGUGAAAUUCCAAGCUAAGCUAGAACACGAGUACAUCCAGAACUUCAAAAUACUACAAGCGGGUUUUAAGAGGAUGGGUGUUGACAAAAUAAUUCCUGUGGACAAAUUAGUAAAAGGAAAGUUUCAGGACAAUUUUGAAUUUGUUCUGUGGUUCAAUAAGUUUUUUGAUGCAAACUAUGAUGGAACAGACUAUGACCCUGUGGCUGCCAGACAAGGUCAAGAAACUGUGGUGGCUCCCUCCCUCGUUGCUCCAGCUCUGAAUAAACCGAAGAAACCUCUUAGUUCUAGUAGUGCAGCUCCCCAGAGGCCCAUCUCAACACAGAGAACUGCUGCGGCUCCUAAGCCUGGCCCUGGUGUGGUGCGAAAGAACCCUGGUGUGGGCAAUGGGGAUGACAAGGCAGCUGAGUUGAUGCAGCAGGUCAACGUAUUGAACACUGUUGAAGACUUGGAGAAAGAGAGGGACUUCUACUUCGGAAAGCUACGGAACAUUGAAUUGAUUUGCCAGGAGAAUGAGGGGGAAAACGACCCUGUAUUGCAGAGGAUUGUAGACAUUCUGUAUGACACAGAUGAAGGCUUUGUGAUACCUGAUGAAGGGGGCCCACAGGAGGAGCAGGAAGAGUAUCGACAGCCUGGACCAGCAGAGCAACAUCUGAAUUCUUCACUCCAAAUCAUGUGCUUAACUGUAAAAUACUCCCUUUUAUUAUCCUUAGAGGACUCACUGGUUUCUUUUCAUAAGCAAAAAGUACCUCUUCUUAAAGUGCACUUUGCAGACAUUUCACUCCUUUUCCAAUAAGUUUGAGUUAGGAGCUUUUACCUUGUAGCAGAGCAGUAUUAACAUCUAGUUGGUUCGCCUGGGAAACAAAGAGGCUGAUUGUGGGGCUCACUGUGCGGAUGCGGGUCACACUGAGUGCUGGAGGAGGUGUUAUGUUAUACGCUGAGGCGGCAACCUCAGUGGAGUAAUGUAAAGACUGAAUUGAAUUUUAAGCUAAUGUGAAAUCAGAGAAUGUUGUAAUAAAUAAAUGCCAUAAGAGUAUUUAAAAUAUGCUUCCAUAUUUCAAAAUAUAAAAUGUACAUGACA